GACAGACAGAGAUAGAGGUGGGCAGAGGUGUGACUGAGUGGACAGGCAGAGGCAGAGGCAGACUCAGAGCCAGCUGGGCUUUUGCCAUAUCUUGUUUUUAUUUUGUAAUUUUUCAAAGAAGGAGGGAGAAAAGUUAAAACUAUAGUAUUUUUUGCUUUUUUUUCGUGCGUAAACGGGAUAGGCUGCUUCUCCAAAUUCUUUGGAGUUGUGCUUCACUUUCAGGCUGAGCAGUGGGCUAAAUUUGGAGGUAGUGGUCUGGGUGGAGUUUUCUUUGCCUCCGCAACAGUCCCUGCGGCGCACGGAUUACAAUGCAAAGGAUUUUGGAGAUUUGGGUCACCUUGGUGACAGUUUCUGCGCUGACCAAGGGCGCCUUUGGAGGAUACGGGCUCAGCAUGUUCGCAGCGCAGUCUUCCCCUCCCGAUCCGUGCUAUGACGAGAACGGGAACCCUCGGAGAUGCAUCCCCGACUUCGUCAACUCCGCGUUUGGGAAGGACGUGCGCGUAUCCAGCACCUGCGGCAACCCGACCGCCCGCUACUGCGUGGUGACCGAGAAGGGAGAGGAGAGGACCAGGGACUGUCACACGUGCGACGCCGCGGAUCCCAAGAAGUCCCAUCCACCUGCCUACCUGACGGACCUCAACAACCCGCACAACCUCACCUGCUGGCAGUCGGAGAACUACGUGCAGUAUCCGCAGAACGUCACCCUCACCUUGUCUCUGGGGAAAAAGUUUGAGGUCACCUACGUGAGCCUGCAGUUCUGCUCACCCAGACCUGAGUCCAUGGCCAUCUACAAGUCCAUGGACUAUGGCAAGUCGUGGGUGCCGUUUCAGUUUUACUCCACUCAGUGCAAGAAGAUGUACAACCGGCAGAACAAGGCGACGAUAACCAAACAGAACGAGCAGGAAGCGAUCUGCACGGACUCCCACACGGACAUGCACCCUCUGACAGGUGGCCUCAUCGCCUUCAGCACCCUGGACGGCAGACCGUCGGCGCACGACUUCGACAACUCCCCGGUGCUGCAGGACUGGGUGACGGCCACCGACAUCAAGGUGAUCUUCAGCCGGCUGCACACGUUCGGAGACGAGAACGAGGACGACUCGGAGCUGGCCCGAGACUCCUACUUUUACGCGGUGUCUGACCUGCAGGUCGGAGGAAGGUGCAAGUGCAACGGACACGCUUCGAAAUGCGUCAAGGACAGAGAGGGGAAUCUGGUUUGUGAGUGCAAACACAACACGGCGGGACCGGAGUGCGACAGGUGCAAACCUUUCCACUAUGACCGACCCUGGCAGCGCGCCACGGCCAGAGAGGCCAACGAGUGUGUCGCCUGCCACUGCAACCUGCACGCCCGCCGCUGUCGCUUCAACAUGGAGCUGUACAAGCUGUCGGGCCGGAGGAGCGGCGGCGUCUGCCUCAACUGUCGCCACAACACGGCCGGACGCCACUGUCACUACUGCAAGGAGGGCUACUACAGGGACAUGACCAAGUCCAUCUCCCACCGCAGAGCUUGCAAAGCAUGUGACUGCCAUCCUGUCGGAGCAGCAGGGAAAACGUGCAACCAGACGACAGGCCAGUGCCCCUGCAAGGACGGUGUGACGGGGAUCACCUGCAACCGCUGUGCCAAGGGCUACCAGCAGAGCCGCUCCCCCAUCGCUCCCUGCAUCAAAAUCCCAGUCGCCUCUCCGACAGCGACCUAUAGCAGCUACGAGGAGCCGUCGGAUUGCGAAUCUCACUGCAAAGCCUCCAAAGGAAAAAUGAAGAUCACCAUGAAGAAGUACUGUAAAAAAGACUACGCUGUCCAGGUGCACGUUCUAAAGGGAGACAAGGCGGGCGAGUGGUGGAAGUUCACCGUCAACAUCAUUUCCGUCUACAAACAAGGUGAGCACCGCAUCCGUCGCGGGGACCAGCUGCUGUGGGUUCGCGCCAAAGACGUAGCCUGCAAGUGCCCUAAGAUCAAGCCCGGGAGGAAGUACCUGCUCCUGGGCACAGACGACGACUCCCCCGGCCAGAGCGGCGUCGUCGCCGACAAGGGAAGCCUGCUCAUCCCUUGGAAGGACCUGUGGGGCCGCCGGCUGAGGAAGUUCCAACAGCGCGACAAGAGGGGAAAGUGCUAAAAGUAGCUGGAGAGAAGAAAAAAGAGAAAGAUUAAGGGAGAGGUGGAGGCAAAGUAACACCUCUGCCGGGAUGAAAUCAAGAAAGAGGAAAGGAUGGCUGGAAAAAAAGAAAAAAAACUGGAAGAAACGAAAAUAGAGAGACACAGGAGAAAAGUAGGAGGAAUGGGGGACUGACUGAGUGCUGCUGCUCUGAGCUGGAGCGAAGAGAUUAGUGUUUUGUUUUUUUUAGGAACUUUUGUGAAGGAGCUCAUUCUACAGUUGUUCUGUUUCUGUUUGUCUUUCAAGGUUUGUUUUGUUGUAUAAUUGCAGAGUUUGCACCUAAUGUUACCGAUAUGUCUCAUCCUGACGAUUUCACCCAUGAUGCCGUUGUUUAUUAAAGUCUUGUAUUCAGUUGUUUUAAGGAGCAAUGCAUCUUCUGUAUCAGCAUUCUGUGUCUUCAGAGGAUCCGUUUCCAUUGUGCCGUGCAGAGCGUCGUCGAGUUAAAUGAAAAGUUACUGCAUGGCAUUGAGGGACUCUACUCAUGUAUGAGAAGCUGCUCUCUGCAACCUGCCAAACUUUGAAGAACCCUCCUCAACAGUGAAAGUCAAAAAUUGUGAAAUUGUCCACAGCUGUGGUCUCAGAGUGCCAUUUUUUCCAUAAGAGCUCCCUGCUCAUAUGUGAGUGUUACCUCAGUGAAACAAUGCCAUUAAGAUCCUGUCCUCGUUCUGUACAAUGAUCUCACUGCGAGCGAGUCUUUGCUCAGCGCUUUUCGAUAUAUCAACCGUAUGUUGUGGUUGUGACCUCUGCAAUGUAAAGUAACCAUAUGUGGAUACAUAGACAUUAUUUUUUCGUAGAUGAUGCUGUGGCAUCAACUAGACGUAGAGUAGACAUGUCAACCAUGCACUUAUUUCUACUAGUCAGAGGUUAAGAACAUAUGAGAUAUGUUCACAGACAUUUUUAGAGUGGCAUCCAAAAAGCAGAACCAUUUGAGGCAAAAAAUAAAUAAAAAGUUAGCUAGUAGGACUGAACAAUUUAUGGAAAAUAGGUAAUUGUGAUUUUGUUGUGAUCGAUAUUGGGAUUUGAUUUAUGAUGUAAUUUGUUUUUUAAAGUCAAGCUUCAGUUCCAGCGUGUAAUAAAUGUAAAAUCCCUUCGUAGUUGUUGAUUUAACUCCUUAAAACCCAUCUCUAGGUUUCCAAAUUACAUAUUUAGAUGUUUUUUCCCCCAUGAAAAUAAUCCUUUCUUGCCGUAAAAAGGCUUAAAUGCAACUUUAUACCAUUUCUUCCUCUACAGUGUGCAGAUCUAUGAAGUCUCCCCCUUUACCUCUACCUGUGAGCUGUGGCUCAAGCACACCAGCUCACCUGCAAAUUAUAGUAAAACUACUCGAUAGUGAGUUUUAAUACUUGCAAAUUCAGCCACAAGUGUUUGAAGUAGUUAUAAUAAUAAUGAUGAUGAUUAACGGUAAAGCUCCUCCCUGCAAGUUGACAGGAUCGGUUCCUUAAACUUGUUACACAUGAAACCCAAGAAAUCUGCAGUUUCAAGGCGGAAAUGCGUCAACUAGCAUAUAAAAAAAACCCCUAUGGACAUGCUGAGAGGUGCUUUCACCAGAGGGGUCUUUAAAUCGUGUGACAGCGUUUCUCUGGACAGCACAAACGAGUAAAUCUGCUUCUGUUCAGCCCUAAUAUCCAGCUCAAGCCCUGAUUGUCUCACUGAUGGUGUUUCUGCUGGACUCUAACGACGCUGUCACAACUACACAAGUGUCAGAGUUUAGUGUUUCCUUUCUAAUAAAAUGUACGCUGGAUGUCCCAAAAUAUUUACAAGUGACAAGGAAGUAAAAAGAAUAUCGACCUAUCAAGCAACCUCAUACCACUGACAUACUGCAUGCUCACUAUUUACUGUAGCUGACUGGCUAAUAAUGAUUGUGAAUUAUGUACACAUUUAAUUUGUAUGCAGUAUUCAAUGUUGUGAGAAAAUAACCUGUGGAGUGAUAAAAAAAAAAAAAAUAUCACAGAUGUUUAUCGUGCGGUGCGUUCAGCACCGGGCUGUGUCAAAUGUUCGUCACCUCAAAGCGCCUUUUUGAGGACCGGACUUCAUUAUCAAGACUUGGUACUCAACAAAAAAAGGCAUGACUGAUUGUCUACAUGUUAUAUAGCUGUAUAGUGUUACUUUAUUUUUUUGUUUUGUUAAAACAUUAACUAGAUCUAUCUCCAUGUGAACUUAACCAGAGUUUUAAAUACUAGAGGCUUAAUAAAAGGAAAGACAAAUAAAUGAAUGUGAGACAAAGUUUUCUCAUGUUUACCUGAGUAUGUGCACCCAGAGGAUCACACACUCACACACACAACACACACACACAUGAACACACAGAUACACCUCUGUGCAUCAUACUGUAUGAGUUGGAUGCUUACAAAGUGCUCAUAGCGUCACUGCCAACACGACUGUACCGACACGUUUCCACUUGUUUUGCAGAAAAGGUACUCCCUGCCAGACUUUUGUUCUCCAUAAAUAUUAUAUCUGAAUAAUUAUCUGCCCGUGUUUCUACAUCGGCUUCUUGUAAAUGUUGUUUAGCAGUGUCCAUUGCAAAUGGUUGUGUAAUGUCUUGUAAUACUAAUAUAUUAUGUUUAUCACAAAUGAAUAUAUUUAAUGACAUAUGAAA